AUGAAGACGCGGCCCACGGGUAUUGGUGCCUCAAACGCCAACUGGAUGAGCUCACUCUCCCCCGAGCUCACAGCUAUGCCCCUGAAGCACCUUGCAGUGCCCGGGUCCCAUGACUCGUUUAGUUUCUGGGUAGAUGUGAAGGCCCCGGUGGGCCCUGACCAGAAGGCCAUAGUCAAAUACCUGGCCACAGCCUUCCGUUUCGUUUCCAAGAAAGUCAUGAAGAAGUGGUCCAUGACACAGAACCUGACGUUUAAGGAGCAGCUGGAUGCAGGGAUUCGUUACUUUGACCUGCGUGUGUCAUCCAAACCUGGAGAGUCUGGUACUGAGAUCUACUUCAUCCAUGGCCUGUUUGGACACAAGGUGCGUGACGGUCUGUCGGACAUUAACUCUUUCCUGGACGCCCAUGGUAAGGAGAUGGUGUUCCUGGACUUUAACCAUCACUACGCCAUGGGGAUGGAGCAUCACACCUACCUCAUCAACAUGCUCCAGGAAGUGUUCGGACCUAAACUCUGCAAGAUCGGCGUAGUUGAGGAGAUCACCCUGGACUAUCUCUGGGAGAACAAGUACCAGGUCAUAGUAUUCUACCACCACCCGUCAGCUGAGAGCUGUCCAUUGAUAUGGCCGGGCAACAAGUGUCCAGCUCCUUGGGCUAACACUACAGACACCACCAAACUCUUUCAGUUCCUGGAGACAACACUAGGUGAGAGGGCUAAGAUGGGGUCCUUCCACGUGACUCAGGCCAUCCUCACCCCCAGAGUCAAGACCAUUGUCAAGGGCCUGGUCAAGGGGCUACGCAACUACCUAGUUGAGAGGAACCUUCCCAUCAUAUUAACGUGGGUCGAGACCCAGAAACCCGGUGUUGAUGGGAUUAACAUCAUCACCUCUGACUUUGUGGAACUGACUGACUUCGCCAACACAGUCAUCAACCUCAACAACCUCCUGCUCAACUAACAGGACCGCAAAAAAACCUGACUAACGCCACCAUAGAGUCAGAAUGAGUAGACUGGAUAUGAGUCGAAAAGAAACCCACUUGGAUCUUUUCACGGUUCCGUUUUACCCAUCAUGGCAGCUGCAUCACUGAU